GCAUAGUAAGGCCAAAGGGAAAGCUAAAGCAAUGGACCCCGGAGAUGCAUUCUCAGCGAACAAGUUUAGGUGGGACCCUCGACCGGCGGCGCCGCCGCCGCAGCACCACCAUGAACCAGCGGAGAGAGCUCGUGAACUAGAAGAAGUGUUUGAAGGGUAUGGUGUGAGAGGAGCCACAGUGGCAAGGAUGGGUGAGUUAGGGUUCACGGCGAGCACGUUGGCAGGGAUGAGAGAAGAAGAAGUUGAUGACAUGAUGGCAGCGCUUGCUCAUCUUUUCCGGUGGGACUUGCUUGUCGGUGAACGCUACGGCAUCAAAGCUGCUCUCCGGGCUGAACGGCGCCGUCUUGACUCGUUGAGAUUACAACAAGGUCUUCAGUUUCAGCACCAGCAUCUCGCCGGCGUUGCUGCUGGUAGCCGCCCUUUGCUUCUUCUCUCUCCGGAUCAUCCUCAUAAUCUUGAUGCUCUCUCCCAAGAAGGUCUUUCAGAGGAGCCAGUGCAACAAGAAAGAGAAGCCGCCGGAAGCGGCGAAGAAGGAGGUGGCCGGAGAGUGAGCAACAAAGGCAAACAACAACAACAACACCAACACCAACAGAUGAAAGGGAGCAGCAACAGCAAAAGAUCAAAGAAGAAGAAAUCACACGGAGGAGAAGACCACUUAUCGGAUUCAGACUCCGAAUCCGAAGGAAGUGGUGGCGGUUUCGGUUGCGCCGUCGGCGAACGCCAACGUGAACACCCGUUCAUCGUCACCGAACCCGGCGAAGUCGCUCGCGCCAAAAAGAACGGUCUGGAUUAUCUUUUCCAUCUUUAUGAUCAGUGCCGUGAUUUCCUUCUCCAAGUUCAAGCCAUUGCUAAAGAGCGUGGCGAUAAGUGUCCAACCAAGGUGACAAACCAGGUGUUUAGGUAUGCAAAGAAGGCAGGGGCAAGCUACAUAAACAAGCCCAAGAUGAGGCACUACGUGCAUUGCUACGCAUUGCACUGUUUAGAAGAGGAAGUGUCAAACGCUUUGCGCCGGGCAUACAAGGAACGCGGUGAGAACGUCGGUGCAUGGCGGCAAGCUUGUUAUAAACCUCUUGUGGCCAUUGCUGCUCGCCAUGGUUGGGACAUUGAUGCUGUUUUCAAUGCUCAUCCUCGUCUUGCCAUUUGGUAUGUCCCUACCAAGCUCCGCCAACUUUGUCAUCUUGCUCGGAGCCAGGCUGCUGCUGCUGCUGCUGGAGGAUCUGGUUUAGGUUCUGCUAGUGCCAGUUGUUUGCCUGUUCCUCCACCGCCGCCGCCACCGCCGCCGCCGAUGUAUUAGCUGCCAAGUGUCUUAACUAGCUCUUGGUGGACUUUUAUUGAACACUUUUGUUUUGAGCUUUAACCAUAGACACACUCUUUGUUUGGUGGUGAUUUUGUCUGUUGAGGAAUGCAUGCAUGGAUGAAUGUAUUAAUUGUUGUUUUGGAUGCAAAUUAAUGGGUA